AAGAACUUGCAGAAGAACUUGUAAAACCUUUUUGCAAAACACUGGUUGUUGAAGAAGCUUUUGUAGUCGAAGCUACUAAAGCUGAAACUAUUACAAAUGAUUUUAAAGCUGGUGUGGAUAGUGUUGGUUUGGAUGAAGUUGAUAUUCUGCAUUUAUUAGAUAUUACACCUUAA